CAGAGACAAUGAGGAGUCAAGGGAGCAUUUCAAGAUCUGCUAAUCAUGAUGCCUGUGACAAAAAGUCUGAGUUCCCUGUCACAAAAUCACUCUGGGUAGCACUGACAAAAAAAGCAGAGAGCCAGACCAACCCUUGGUAUCCCUCCGUUUCCAGCUGCACAGGGAAAUGUAGAAAAAAUUAGAGAUGCUGAAAUGAAAGGGAAGUCUUCAAAAAGGCCACUUUAUUUAAUCCAAGGCACGUUGGAAGUGGAAUCACCCUGAAAUAGAGGAACGUGAAAUGAGCAAAGGGCAUCUGUGUGGGACCAGCAGGUCUCACUGCACUGGGGCACAGGGAGCCCUGUUUUCCCUCUGGGCUCCCCAGGAUUCAGGCUGAGAGCAGUGUCGAAGAUGAGGCAGCAGCACAAACCUGAGCUCAAAGAAAAAAGGCUGAGCAAAGUUCAGCCAAAAAAGAGAAGUUUUUUUGAGGGGAUUCCCAAUAAAAAAGCCUAGGAAUGACACAACGACAUCUUUCCCGGCUUGUCAAUAUCUUCUUUCAAUAGUCCAUGACUCCCAGAGUGAAGAAAUGUCCAACAGCAGCUCCAUCAGCCACUUCCUCCUGCUGGCACUGGCAGACACGCGGCAGCUGCAGCUCCUGCACUUCUGCCUCUUGCUGGGCAUCUCCCUGGCUGCCCUCCUGGGCAACGGCCUCAUCAUCAGCGCCGGAGCCUGCGGCCACCACCUGCACACGCCCAUGUUCUUCUUCCUGCUCAACCUGGCCCUCAGCCACCUGGGCUCCAUCUGCACCCCUGUCCCCAAAGCCAUGCACAAUUCCCUCUGGGACACCAGCACCAUCCCCUACUCAGGAUGUGCUGCUCAGCUGUUUCUGUUUCUCUUCAUCUCAGCAGAGUUUUCUGUUCUCACCAUCAUGUGCUACGACUGCUACGUGUCCAUCUGCAAACCCCUGCACUACGGGACCCUCCUGGGCAGCAGAGCUUGUGCCCACAUGGCAGCAGCUGCCUGGGCCAGUGCCUUUCUCAAUGCUCUCAUGCACACGGCCAAUACAUUUUCCCUGCCCCUGUGCCAGGGCAAUGCCCUGGGCCAGUUCUUCUGUGAAAUCCCACACAUCCUCAAGCUCUCCUGCUCCAAAUCCUACCUCAGGGAACAUUGGGUUCUUGUGGUUACUGCCACUUUAUCCUUGUGCUGUUUUGUGUUCAUUGUUUUCUCCUAUGUGCAGACCUUCAGGGCUGUGCUGAGGAUCCCCUCUGAGCAGGGACAGCACAAAGCCUUUUCCACGUGCCUCCCUCACCUGGCCGUGGUCUCUCUGUUCCUCAGCACUGCCGUGUUUGCUCACCUGAAGCCACCCUCCAUCUCUACCCUAUCCCUGGAUCUGGCCCUGUCAGUUCUGUACUCAGUGGUAUCUCCAGCCCUGAACCCCCUCAUCUACAGCCUCAGGAACCAGAGCUCAGGGCUGCAGUGUGGAGACUGAUGACUGGAUGCAUUCAGGAACAUUAAACUUCUGGGCAAUUCGCCAAAUCACUUCAAAUAAAAGUAAUCUUUGAUUCUU